GACGUAUGCGGGCCUGAAGGCGGAAGUUGAAGCAUCAACAACAACCCUUCCGUCAGUGGGGAUUUUUAGGAGACAGACGCCAGCGGUGUCGAGGUUAGAUAAUUUGUGUGUUCGAAACAAAAGAACUCUAACAGCUAUGGCUUUGUUUGGGAAGUUGUUCGGGAGCGGGGGGAAAGGAGAAAAGGCCCCGAAUCCUCAAGAUGCGAUCCAGAAACUCCGUGAGACGGAGGACAUGUUGUCGAAGAAGCAGGAAUUUUUGGAAAAGAAGAUUGAGGCGGAACUGCUAACAGCGAAAAAGAACGGCACGAAAAACAAACGAGCUGCCCUCCAGGCCCUGAAGAGGAAGAAGCGUUAUGAAAAGCAGCUGGCUCAGAUCGACGGCACUCUGUCCACCAUUGAGUAUCAGCGAGAAGCUUUGGAGAAUGCCAACACUAACACAGAAGUGCUCAAGAACAUGGGCUUUGCCGCCAAGGCCAUGAAGAACGCUCACCAGAACAUGGAUAUAGACAAAGUGGAUGAGCUCAUGCAGGACAUCACAGAACAGCAGGAGCUGGCACAGGAGAUCUCUGAUGCUAUUUCGAAACCAGUCGGCUUUGGAGAGGAGUUUGACGAGGAUGAAUUGCUUGCUGAACUGGAGGAGUUGGAACAGGAGGAACUGGAUAAUACCCUGCUAGAAAUUAGCCCAGAGAACGUCUCGCUGCCCAACGUGCCUUCAACCUCGUUACCUUCCCAACCAGCCAAGAUCAGAAAGGAAGAGGAUGAUGAUGAUAUGGAGGAGUUGAAGGCUUGGGCAAUGUAAACCAAGCCCAAACAUCCGGACUGUCUGAUCACUUGUUGUGGUGGACUGAUCUUCAGAAUCGACCUGAAAACCUUCAGAGAGUUAACGUUGCAAAACCAGUUGUCUAGGAAAUUUCGGCUCCCAUUAAUGGUUUAGGUCCUGAAACGAAAAAAAAAAACCCUGUCCACAGGGAUGUAAAAAAGGCUAUGAAAGCAAAACAAUCAGAGAAUUUUAUUUGUGAAAUGAUUUGGCUAAUGUUUGCUUAUGGAUAUUUUAGUGGUGUUCUCCUAUUGUUGCUCAUUUUUUUCCCCCCUCUCGAAAUUGGAAUGUAAUCAUACAGAACUCCGUCAUCUACCUCUAUCUGUUUUAUUAAACUCCUAUAACAAGUGGGAUUCACAUGAUCUCCAUAGCCUGUCUGGGAAAGUAUCGGGGUUUCACCAAUCCACUCACAGUUUUGUGUUUUCAUGGUGAUGACAGCGCUUGUGUAUAUACAAGCAUCACGUCUUUUGCAUGCUUGAUUCAAGAGUCUUCAUUUUGAAGCAUCUCCACUGACUGAUAAAUUUGGGUCUGAUAAUAUUCUAAGGUUGAUCUCAAAGUGCUUUUGUUUUGGGAGCAUUAUUUAAACAUCCAGAGUUGUUUUGAUAUUUUUUUUCUGUAAUUCAUUGAUAGAUUCUUACAUCAGGAAAAAAUAAUCAAUAUAUCACAAAGUUACAGCCCACAAUUUAUUCAUUGUCGUCUCAACAAAGUGCUGUGUCUUACCUGAAACUAUCCUGCUGAAACUCCGAAGCACAUCAGUCUAAUGUAUCACUAUUCAUUAGGGUAGAAGGGUUAUAAGUUGGAAGCAAACUCUAAAGAUCCCCAGGACUCCAUGGACUUACUAUAUCUUUUGUAAAGAAAGUGGGAUGUAAUAGCAAGGUGUGUCACAUGUACAUUUGUAUGUUUGAGAUUACACAGAUGAGACUAUUAUUUGAAAGUUCAUUAAACUGUUUGAUUCUU